AUGGCUAGCUCUACCAAUCCCUCGUCUUCCACCGCAUCGAAAGAUGUCAAUCCCGACGGCGAUUCUCCCCCCAAGCGUUUCACUAAGGAUGGGGUGGAGAAGAAACCGCAAAACCCUAAUCACCGUAUUUAUAGGGAUUUUUGGACAUUCGACGAUCCGACCAAGAAGGGGAAGCAGUACGAAUGCCUUUGGUGCGGGAAAACGUUCGCCUUUAGUAGUAGCCGAUGCACCCAGCAUAUCGCCGUAUGGAACGACGCGAACGUGCGGCGCGAGGCCGGGAUUAUUUGUGCGGAUGUUCCUAAGCGCAUUUCUGACGCCAUUCGCGACGUGAAGGAGACCAAGAUUACGGUGCGCAAAGACAAGGAGAGGGCAAUGGAUGCGGCGCUCACUGUAGUGAGCGGCCAAGGCGGAGCGGGACCGAAGGCUAAGAAGGGGCGGAUGGAGGAUUGGUAUGGCGAGGGGGGGAUUUCGGCGAGGCGUGCGGCCGACGAGGCAGUUUGCCUCUCCUUCGCGGGGACGCGCACGGCGGAGCGUCAGUGCGAGCACCGCCUCUUCCUCAAUAUGUUGCGCGCCGUUGCUGCCGCUGGAAGUAGCUACGUCCCCCCCAAAAAUAGCUACGUUGGCGGCGUCAGGCUGCAGGAGUGCAAGCGGCGGAUUGGGGCGGGAUUGGAGCCCAUUACGAAGACUUGGAAAGAGAUCGGCAUGAACAUCAUUUGUAUCAACGACAGCGAUGCGGUUUUCCAGGAAGCGGUCGACUAUAAGGCGGAGACAAAGAGUGGGGCGUUCAUCGUUGGCAUCGUGCAGCCGAUCAUCGAGAAGAUUGGGCCGCAGCACGUCGUCGCGCUUUGCACGGACGGCGGCAGCAACUACGUGUCCACCGGCAAGCUGCUGCACAAGAUGUACCCGCAUCUCAAGAUCGUCCCCUGCGCCACUCAUGUGCUCGACUUGCUGAUGGAGGACAUCGGCAAGAUGGAUUGGGCGCAAGAGCUGCACGGCAAGGAGAAGUCGCUGCAGCCGCUGCGACCGGUGGGCACGCUGUACAUCGCUGUGUCUCAGCUGCUCCAGAUCCGUUCGCAGCUGACACAGAUGGUGGUGCACAAGGACUGGGAGGAGAAGGGAGGUAGCACACUGACUGGAAAGACAUUUGCGGCAUCGGUGUUGGAUGUGGAUUGGUGGAAGAAGGCGGAGACAUUUGUGAAGGUGAUGGAGCUGCCGUACAAGGUGAUGAGGCGGACUGAUGGGGAGGCGAAGGGGAGGAUGGGUGAGUUGUACGACAUCAUGCUGCAGCUGACAGAGGACUCGAGGGAGCUGUUGGAGAGCGAGGAUUCUGGGCUCAAGAAGGCGGAUAAAGAGGGGGUGAAGGAGCACUUGAGGCGGCGUUGGGACGAGAGUUUGGCCUGCCCCCUUCACGUGGUUGGCCGGAUUCUGAACCCGACGAACCAAGAAGAGGGGAUUUACUACAAGGACCUUGAGUGCACCAGAGUGAUGAAGGCGUGA